GGGUAUAAGUAGCUCCAGUGAAGGCGUCUAGGGGACAGUGUGAUUCAUAACAAUGAAGGUGGUGGUAGUGCUCGUCGCUGCUCUCUUCUCAGUGGUCCUGGCUGAUAAUUGCCCUCAAGAUUAUGUAGCCGUUGGUACAUCCUGUUACCUGUUUCCGGAUACGAAGAUGACUUGGCAGAAUGCCCAGGACUACUGCACAAGUACCGCGCCGGAUGGAACUAAUGCUGACUUAGCCCACGUGGACAAAUGUGGCCAGCUGGCCUCACUGUGGGAUUACAUACUAGCUCACGAACCGAUAGUGGACUACUGGAUCGGAGGCAGAGAUGACGACCAAGAGGGUGUUUACAGGUGGGAGGCCACAGGAGAUCCCGUCCUUAACGAGGUGCCCUACUGGUACCCCGGUCAACCUGACGGGGGUAGACAAGAGAACUGCCUCUCCCUCUCCAAGACGGGAUACUUUGCCGACGAGGAUGGCUCACUGCACCAAAAAUUUAUCUGCCAGUUGCUGUAGGAAGAACGACUUCUCUGACCAACUACCUACAGUAGCAGUGUGGUUGUUAGCUGCUCUACCUAGUAUAUAAAUGAUUAAAUAAAUCUCGGAAACAUA